CGAUCGGGUGAGGGAGGGGUUAGGGUUUCGGGGGGGCGGCAGCGGCGUCCAUUUUCUGUCGCCGGGGGGGCGCGAGACGGAUGCUAUGCUGCUAGGCUGCGCGUCGCUGACGUCGUGGGUGCGUCGCCUCGUCGCCUGCGUGGGAAAUUGUUUUGGAUGUGCGAAACCUACUCCAAUAAUAGCUGUUGAUGAGCCUUCAAAAGGUUUAAGAAUUCAAGGGCGCUCAAUAAAGCAGCGUAGUUUGUCAGAGGACUUUUGGAGCUCAAGCCCACCAGGAAUGGAGAACAGUGCCAUGCAAUCUCAGCGUAGUAUGUCUUCAAUCAGUACGGCAGCACAAUCUAGUGAUCAGCAUGGAGCUGGAAGUAGCACCAACACAAAUGAGUUUGUAAAUCAAGGACUUCUCCUGUGGAAUCAGACUAGGCAACAGUGGGUUGGAAACAGAAGGCACAAUUCUCAACGUCAACAACCUCGAGAACCAAAAAUAAGUUGGAAUGCUACAUAUGAGAGCCUUCUAGGAAGCACGAAACCAUUUCCACAGGCUAUCCCUCUUGGUGAGAUGGUAGAUUUCCUCGUGGACGGCUGGGAGCAGGAAGGCCUAUAUGAUUAGUAGGUUAAAAGGGUGUUGUUUAUGGGGUUCACAUUAUAAAUCACCAAAAUGUACUGGGAAAAACUUAGGUUUUCAAAGCUUGUGGUGAUGACUGCGGUAAUUCCUGGAGACAGGAUGGCAUCCCUCUCUUUAAGUAAUCGUAACAUAUUCUUACUGCUAAUUGUGUUAACUUACGUUUAAUAUUGUGAUAUCAUCUCCCUGUGCAUAA